AGUGGCUCUGGCCAGAGGCUGCAGGAUUGGCAGGACCGAGGCUCAGAGCAGGGAGCCCAGAGCAGGCAAGGACCCUGGCCUGAGUACAUGGCAGAAGCCCACAGAGCAGGUGUGGUUAUUUCCACCUCUGGGGCGGGGCUGCCCCCACCAUGGCAGGCCUUCAGCCCCACGCAGCCCCAGAAGCCCCAGCUUCUGGCUCCCAGCUGGCACCAAGAGAAGCCCCGGAAGAGGAGCAGCCUUCUCCAGGAGAUGGGUGCCUUCCAGGUUGUUAUCGCCCUGUCACACCUGUUCUUUGGGGGCUUCCUGGCUGGCACAGUCAAGGGCCUUCACCUGGUGGUGCUGAAGUGCUGGUACCCCUUCUGGGGCGGUGCCUGUUAUCUCGUUUCAGGGAGCCUGGCCGUAUGUGUGAAGACCUUUCCUAAAUCAUAUCUGAAGGGGCUGUGCCUUUUGGCAAACAUCAUCAGCUUCCUCUGCGUGCUGGCCGGCCUCCUGGUCAUUGUCAAGGACUUCUUCCUGGAAAACUCAUUUGAGGCGCCAAUCUGGAGACCAUAUCCCAGCUCUACAGUCCACGCCCAGAGACUGGAACUGGCCUUGCUCUGCUGCACCUUGCUGGAACUCCUCCUGCCAGGGCCCACAGCCUUCAUGGCCCACAGAGAGAACCGCUCGUCUGCAGAGGUGCAUGAGUCUUCCCUUGUUCCUGACACACAAUUCCAGGUUCCGACACCAGGGCCUCCACCCAGCUAUGAGGAAGUGACUCACGGACCUAAGGAGCAAACUCAGAGGUGA